AUGCCAGCAGACGGCACAACAUCAGCUAUUUUACAAAUCCCAUCCCAACCACUCGGCCCUUAUCAUCAAAUAAUGAUGCAUGAAUUGCCCACAAGAAGACAAAUUGACUCAGAUAUGUUACAUGUAGAAAAGGAUGAAUUGUUCAACGUCAACCUCAAGAUGAAUUCACUUCCAUUGAAUGACGAACACAUUGAUGGACUUGCCCCUGUAGCUGAUGAUGUUGCCAUGGCUGAAUCAAAUCAUGCUUUUGAUAUUCAAGAUAGGCUAGAACUGGAUGGUGUUGAUAAACCAACAAAUAAACGUCAACGAAGGUUCACCUCAAAAGUAUGGGGAAACUAUACUUUUCUUAAAGAACCAAGUCCAGAAGGAUUGCUGAGAUGCGAAU